AUGCUACAGCAACCAGUCCCUGAACUGCGCAGCUUUCAGUCGCUUUCUAAAUAUGCGGGAGGUCCGAGGUCAGUUCUUGGGCGCCGUACAUCAAAUGUCGCAACGCGCCGUCCGUCGCAGACGAAGAAAAGAUUCGACGACCUCGAGGCAAUUGGAUCGGCCAGUGGUUCCAGGGAGACUGUGUCCGAGUUGGGGAAGCAAGGACCCUCUAUUGAACCCUCCACAUCGCGAUGGGAAAAGCAAGUGGAGUGGGGAGACGAGGAACAAAUCGAGGAUUUGGAUGACUUGCCCUAUCCCGGAUUUGCUGAACCAGCGCUACGAUGUUUAAAGCAGUCUCAACCACCACGAUCAUGGUGUUUGACGCUGGUGAUGAGCCCAUGGUUUGAUAGGGUAACUAUGAUCGUCAUCCUUAUCAACUGUAUAACAUUAGGAAUGUAUCGGCCGUGCGAUGACGGUCCUAGUUGCAACACAUAUCGCUGCAAUAUACUCGCCUUGAUUGACCAUGCAAUAUUCGCUUAUUUUGCCCUUGAAAUGGUCAUAAAAAUUAUUGCGCUCGGUUUUACUGGCCCAGCUGCGUACCUGUCGGAUACAUGGAAUCGGCUCGAUUUCUUUAUUGUCAUGGCAGGGAUAGCAGAAUUUCUUCUGCAAGAAUAUCUUGGCGGCAAUAUCAAUCUCACUGCAAUUCGAACAGUGCGGGUGUUGAGACCACUUCGCGCUGUAAAUCGGAUACCAUCAAUGAGAAUCCUCGUAAAUCUUCUGCUAGAUACGCUGCCGAUGCUGGGCAAUGUCCUACUGCUAUGUUUCUUUGUAUUUUUCAUUUUUGGAAUAGUUGGAGUUCAGCUAUGGGCGGGUUUAUUACGAAACCGAUGUGUGAUCAAUUUACCGAAAACUAUAUCGGAGAAUCAGAGCGCCCUAUUCAAUGAUGUAAAAUUAACCAGGUUCUAUAUUCCCGAGGAUACCUCGUUAGAGUACAUAUGUAGUCAAGCAGACGCAAACGGGUUGCACACCUGCUCUAACCUGCCUCCAUAUACAGUAGAUGGAGUAAAGUGCAAUUUAACCAUAGAAGAUUUUGAUCGAGUUAGUGAAAAAGCGUGUAUCAACUGGAAUAUCUAUUACAACGAGUGCCAGGUUAUGCAACGGAACCCAUUUCAAGGCUCAGUAUCAUUUGACAAUAUAGGAUUCGCAUGGGUAGCAAUCUUUCUUGUUAUAUCGCUGGAAGGAUGGACAGAUAUCAUGUACUAUGUGCAGGAUGCCCAUUCUUUCUGGAACUGGAUAUAUUUUGUGUUACUCAUAGUUAUAGGUGCUUUCUUCAUGAUCAACUUGUGCCUUGUUGUAAUUGCAACGCAAUUUGCUGAAACUAAACGUCGAGAGACCGAACGAAUGCUACAAGAGCGAAAACGCUUGCAAAGUCGUAGCCCUGACUCCAUCUCUGGAAGCGGAAGUGAACUCGGUGGCACUUCAUCCAAAGAAGAUAAUGGCGACACUGUCUAUGCGGCCAUUGUGCGUUUUAUAGGACAUACGUUCAGAAGGACGAAACGUCAUGUUAAAAGGCAAGAUCAUGAUUUUAAAAAAUUCAAAGUUAGCUAUGACAUGGAUUUACAGAGGUUCAAUGCAUAUAUGCAGCAGAGACGAGAGAAGAAGAAGAUCGAGGCGAAGAAACGACGGAAGUCUAAAUUAGAUGACAUGGCAACACUAUCGCGAAUUGAGGAGCGCACCGACGAGGAAGAAGAAGUUGAUGUGACAACUGAAAGUACCGCAGUAGCGAGAAAACGAUCACGAAAAGUAACUAUCGACGAUGAGCAAGACAAAAUUGGAAAUGGAAGCGCAGCAGGUCAUGCCAGUAAUAAUGUCGCGAGUGACGAAGUCUCUGGCAAUGAAGAUGAGUGGUCGGAAAACGAAGAAGUUAAGACUGGGAAGAAACAGCCACAUCCACCGUCUAAAUGGCGAUGGUUUCGGGAAAAAGUUCGCCGUUUUGUCAUUUGCGAUCACUUCACACGAGGAAUUCUUGUGGCUAUCUUGGUUAACACGCUAAGUAUGGGGGUGGAGUAUCAUCAACAGCCAGAAUUUCUAACUGUUAUCCUCGAAUACUCCAAUUUAUUUUUUACGGGUCUAUUCGCAUUUGAAAUGUUUCUGAAAAUUUUUGCUGAUGGUUUAUUUGGCUACCUAUCUGAUGGGUUUAAUCUUUUCGACGGUGGCAUUGUGGCGCUCAGCGUUUUGGAGUUAUUUCAAGAGGGAAAAGGUGGAUUAUCUGUCCUGCGCACGUUUCGUCUGUUACGAAUUUUGAAGUUGGUACGCUUUAUGCCAGCUCUUCGAUAUCAGCUCGUAGUUAUGCUGCGAACCAUGGACAACGUUACCGUAUUCUUCGGUUUACUUGUGCUGUUUAUAUUCAUUUUCAGUAUACUUGGCAUGAACUUAUUCGGGUGCAAGUUCUGCAAGGUGGAGGAACGUUUAAUGGGUGGGCCUGCGAAAAAAUGUGAGCGAAAGAAUUUCGAUACCCUGCUUUGGGCUCUCAUCACAGUGUUUCAAGAAUGGUGCUUUUUGGUUGCAAAUUUUGUAACCACCACGAAAGCGGUUUACGAUGUUCGACACGGCAAAUCUACGGUAAUGAAUGUGAUUGUGAUCGUACAAAUUUCGACUCAUUACUUCAUGCGACGACCACAGUUUUUCAGGUAGGA